CCGCUGUUCAAACUUGCGGCGGGAAGCGCAGGGGGCCCAGGCGAGCCGUCGCCAUGGAGACGCUAUUGUGGCAGGUGGAGCAGCUGCCCGGGCUCCUGGCCGUGUCCCGCUCGGGGCAGGUCCGGGACUGGGACCCGCCAACCCUGGACAGAGCCCUGCAGUGGGGCCGCUACUUCCAGCACCUGCACGGCCGCUUCCGCGCCCAGCCCCGGCUCCGGGCCGCCCUGGGGCAGCGGCUCCGCCGAGGGCAGCCGGGGCCGCCGCUAGGCUUCGGACACCUGGGGCGCUGCCCGGAGCUGCUGGGCCUAGCGCUGCUGGGCAACCGGGCGCUGCCGCCCGCCGCCUGCCACCGCCUCCUGCGGAGCUUGCUGCUGCCGCCCAGCGGCCAGGCUACACCGGGGCCCCGCAGCCUCGACCUCCUGGCCCGACGCAGGGCCGCCGUCCAGCUGCUGCCGUCGCCCAGCCCAGCCCCGGCGCGCCCUGAGGAGCUGGAGCCGUCGCUGCGGACCGAGGCCCAGCUGCUGCUGUCCCGGCUGCAGGAAGACGAGGAGGAGGAGCAGGGACCGGCGAGUGUCCUGGAGCAUCUGCCCGGGCCUAGGGUCUACCGGGUGCUGGCGGCGCUGCUGCUGGAGCAGGCCGGGGACAACGCUGGCAGAGAGGGGGCCAGCUGGGCAGAGCACAGGGAGGGGCCCAGGCCGGCUGCGGCGGUGCUCUCCUGGCUGCUCGGGGACCCAGGCCGGCUCUCCGCUUUCUGCCGCCUCCUCCCGGGCUCCGUCCUCGUUGCCCUUUCUGCCCGAUACCCCCAGCUGGGCACCCCUUACUUGCAUCUCCUUACCAGCUGGGGCAGCCGCUUGCGCUACGAUCCCCUGCGCGGCCAGUGGGCCAGCAGCCGCUGCCCUAGUGAGGACGAGUUCUCCUGGGAAGAGCUGCGGGAGCGCUUCAGCUGCUUCAUGAGGGGACCUGACCCGCUCCGAGAGGCUGCCCUGGCUUCUCUGAAAAACCUGAAGAUCCAGGAUGGAGACUUCGAAGUCUGCGGCCUGAGUGUCUGGACUGACCUGUUGCUGGAGAUGGAGGCACCUCUCUAAAGACACUCCAGCGUUAGCCCGGAGGAGGAGAAGGAAAGGACUAGAACAUUAAAUAGGUUUCAUAUGAAAUUAAAUGGCCUGAAAUCCAAGAAACCGGAGUAACUUUCUUUUCUCCAUAACUAACAUCAAAGCCAACUGGAUUAUAUAUUGUUUGGAGUGAAAAGGCAACUUUGUGAUCAGAUUGCAUGCCAUAAAACUUAAGUAAGUUAGCAAAGAGUGCCUAAGGGAUUGGGUUCUGCUCUUGCACAUGCUGGUGUAAACCUGGACUGACUCCCCCCACAGGAGUUACCCAUGUAAAAUCUGUGUAAAUGAGCUCAGAAUCAGGCCCCUUACAUCUAGUCAAGUAGUUCCCAGUUUAAUUUCUCUUACACUGAGAACAAGUUGACUAGGAAUUCUUCUUCUUUCCUCUUCCAAUUUGUUUUCUUCCCACCACCUCUUAUGUCUUUGCCAGCUCUGAUAUUCUCCAAUACUUAUGGUUGGGCUAUUUGGUUUAAGGAUACCCUUAAUUCUGCUGAUCACUAACAGGAAAUGCUUCCAUCCCCUAUUGGCACUAUUGCUACAAAAGUAAAGUGUGCAAAUACCUUAAAAUAUAGAGAAACUAGCUUAACUUUCUGUGUGUUGAAAAGUUAGAAGUUGAACUGUGUAUUGCCAUGGGUACAGUGUGUUGACAUUUGUCUGUUUCUAGCAGUUGCAGACUGGCAGAGUACAAAAAGGGGAAAGGGACUUUUUUGUCUCACCUUUUUAGGAUGCUCGUAAUUCCAAGUUAAAUGUAUUCUUCGCUAUCACCUUGUCUUUCAGUGGUGGUUUAUUUUUGCCUUUUCUU